UCCUGCACGUCUGAAGUUGCGUGGCGAGAGGGGCGAGCGUGCCCUGGGACGGGCCGGUGGCGAGAGCGGGACCAGUAGCAGCGCAACGGCCGCGCACAUAUGCUCACCAGAACGGCGGACGCUAGCAGCCGAGGAGGAGCAUGGAGCAUCGCAGAGGGCGCCGAGCAGCGCCACGGCCGCCCGACACACUUGCCGUCGCCGUCGGAGCUGCUGCCCGCUACUGACAGCACCUCUGCUGCCGCCUGUGACACCUAGACCACCACACCCGUCGGGUGCAUCCUCUUCAGCGCGCGUCCCUUUCUGCGCGCAGCCGUGCGCCGUUACACCUGCGCCACCAAAGAUGACGCUCUGCCUCGUGGGGUCAGUGCUUCCUCUCCUGCUGCUCGCCAGAGGCACGUCUUCCAGGGCGAGCAACCCCGUCCUUCGCGCCGUGUGGCUGGUGCCGCUGCUGAGCUGCUGCUGUUGGGGCGGCUUGGUUCUGGGAGCCCUGCCCGUGCUGGCGGAAAGCGGAGUGGGGCCCGUGUGGCGUGCCGUCUCCAGCUCCAGCUACUACAUCGCCGACGUGAGCUUUCCGCAGCAAAGGAGCCGGAGGGCGUUCGUGCCUUCGCCUCCCUACUGCCCCGAGACGGGGCGCACCGUUUGUGCACAAGUCGACGACUAUCCCACAGAUUAUAUCUACCACGUGCUGCUGGGCAGCAAGAGUAAGCACUUCAACCUGUCCACGCUGUUCUCGGACGAGAGUCUGGGCGACUCGCAGCCAAACCGUGCGCUGCUUCCCGACCAGCCACGCACGGACAGCUACGUCGUGUAUCAAACGGCAGUCCACUACGACCACCAGGGUGGACCGCCGCAUCACCACGGAGGUCCGCACCAGCAUCGUAGGCCACAGCAGCAGCACCGAAGGCGCCAGCAACACCAGGAGCCGCAGCUCCACCACCAGCUGUCGCACCAGGACGGCGAUGAUUGGCCCGAUGCCACAAUCGUCCUACCGCCAACGUUUGUCUACCAUAAAAGAGACCUGGUGAAGCGAGCGCCCGAGGUGGACCCGGCCUGUCCCGUGCGCACCAUGUUCGUGUCGCCAAAGGCAGGACUCAGCGACCGCUCCCAGUGGAAGUACGUGGUCAAUUUGCAGGACAGGGACCCUUCGGCUAAGCAGGUCAUCCGCGUCGACGUCUGCAGAUCUCCCGAUGCAGCCUGCUCGAACGCCAUCAGCUUGCCCUUCGGCUACACCAGCCGCUGCACGCAGAAGUACUUGAAGAAAAAGCUGCUCUCUCUGGACUCGGACGGCGGUGGCACGUCGGAGGAAAACUUCUUCGUGCCUUCCUGCUGUGUCUGUGAACUCGUCCGCGAUGUGGGAAAGAAAUAGGGUCGUCAAUCGUACGAGCCUCUGGUUACCGGGAGGGGUCGUCAAACAGGGACCACGGUGGGUGCUGUUCAGUGCUAAAGUGAAUGCCAAGACCAGAUACGGACUGAAGUGGUUUCGAGAGUGACAUGGGAAGGAGUGGAUGGAAUGAACUAUCACUGAGCGACCCCACUGUUGCCACGAUGUCUCUUCUAAGUGUGUCGAUUCUGUACAUGCACAAGGUAGCCUGUGCACUCGUGCGUGUGCUCCACAUUAUCUUGAUAAAGGACUAUAGCGGCGAAGACGGUGGCUGUUGAUUGUGCCAGUAGACGCCUGUGCGAAGCUGCCAUCUUGUGGCCCGCGCACGUGAACUGCCAGUGUGUUUGACCCUGAAGCGCAGCGUUGCACGAAAGUAUGCACGGGCCGUCUCUAAGAAGAUAUUCGACAAUUUUUAAACGUUUCUUUCUUUUUCAUGUGCUUCGAGAUCCCGAAUAUUUUGUAGCUCAGUUUAGCAAAUAAUCUUAUUUUUUUUCCAAAUCCAUAAGUUGAUGCGGCUCUUAAAGAGCACUUGCAUGCUUCAAUUUCCGAAUUACAACGAGCCCACUGACGAAAAAAUAAAAUAACCGAUUGAUUGGUUGGUUUACAGUAA